AUGUUUGGGAUUAAUAUUUUUCUUUGCAAGUGGCUUAUCUUUGCAGUAACUCUCUUAUGGAGCUGUAAAAUUUUAAUAAGGAAAGUUUGGGGAGUAAACAUAACAUGGAUUAAUUUGUUUAAAUUGGAAAUUUGCGGUUUUUCCUUAGAAGACGGCUCAAUCAAAAUAAAAUCCGUCCGUUUUGCUCUUCGUGAAAGAAAGCUUCUUAUCAAGGGCCUGCGGAUUGUUUCCAGCCAAACAAUACAUACUAAUGAUUUUAACGAAGAGUUACCAAAUGAUAAAGAAGGAGCACUCCCAGAGACCUCCAGAAACUUUGGUUACUUUUUCACUUCUAGGAUUCCUUCGUUUAUUCAGUAUUGGCUCAAUGGUAUCGCCAUCAUCCUAGAAGAUACAGAAAUAGUUAACAAUGAUAUCACGAUUGAGAAAUUUGGGUUUUUUGUUUCGAUCAACAAAUCUAAAAGAGCUAAGUCAUUGAGGUUUGACUCCUUUUUAAGAAAACUUCUUUGGAAUGAUCAAAUUAUCAUCGCUGAUGCUAUUUUUAUAGUGAAUACAAAUCUACUAAUUGGUGAUAUUUUGAAUUCCUUGAAGGACGAUCUUCAAUUUGACCUAGACUUAAAACUGGGGGACUUGAAUGUGCCUAUGAACUUACUGAAUCUAUUUCUCAACAAGGAGAACAUCGAUAUAAUGUCCAAUAAGAAACUUUUGCAAAGAGUAAUGGAUACCACAAAGGCUAACCAAGAACUACAGGAUAAAGAUAUUGCUAAAAUGAAAUGCACACUCAUACAUACAAUGGGGAAAUUUGUAGACCGGAUAAAGCCCUUAAAAGAAUUGAAUAUCACCGUUGAUAAACUUCAAAUCAAGGAUUUUCCCCUAACUAAUCACCCAGAACUAAUUGGAAUGAACAAGUACGUCAGUUAUAAUAUUUUGGUUUCCAAUAUAAACUUCAAUACAAUUAGGUUUAGAAAUGAGAUGCCAGGUUAUACAUUAAUUUUUGAGGAGCGCGAUUCUCCAUUCAAGUUCAGCAUUAUUAUGGCAAGGUUUAAUAUAUACUUGAAUUUAAAUCGAAAGCAUCAAAAAUACACCAAGCAGUUGAAAAUAAUUGAAAUUCCAAAUGUUUCGAUUUUUGGUGAAACUAAUUUGUUCUCUCAGAAAUUUCAUUACUCUGAUAAUUUAGAGGCAAUGAAACUCGAGAACGCUAUCUUCAACAUUAAGGGAAAUAUAUCUUCGUUAACUAUUGACAUGGAUCCAGUCAAUAUUUCAUUCAUCAAAUGCUUCCUCUCAAAUAUCAAAGUUUUCACAUCCUCCUGCCCUAAAAACAAAGUAUUAAAAGAAAAUUCGCACGUAAAAUUCUUGACAAGACGAAGAGUUUUGUUUGACUAUUUCAAGUGCUUUUUACCCUUAAUUAAUAUGAAAUUCACGCUAGAUGAUCCUAAGUUUGUUAUUAAUGAUAAGGAUAAUUUAAUCAUAGGCAGGUUUUCCGUCUUUAUGAUAAGUCACCGCUCUAAAAGGUAUACUUUGGGUAACCAUCUUAUGGAAGAGAAACAACGAACAGAACAAAUUUUUUAUGAAAGUGAUUGGAAUGUUGAAUUGCUAGAUAUGAAAUUACAACACAUUAUAAAGCAUCAAAAAUAUGACCAUACAAUACUGAGAGUAGAUAGUAUCGCCAUAGAAGAAAAUCUUCACCUUUUACCAGAUAUCUUAUGUUCUGCAGAUGUUGAUAUCGAUACCUUAGUGUUAGACCUAUCUGAACUACCAACAAUGGUUAUGUUAAGCGAAUUAGUACAUAAUUUGGACAGUCAGCUGGCCAAUGUGGAGGAAAACUAUUUCAAAGAGUUUUAUGAAAAAUUUGCAUCUAAUCUACAAAAUAUGAAAGUUGAAUGUUCUAAUAUGGCCAAAUGUCUGAAACAGAAAGAUAUUUUACCCAGCGACUUUUUGUUCCAGCAACUACCUGAUUUUUUUGAUUAUAUUAAAAUUAAUAUCAGAGAUAUAUCAUCCACCUUGGGUGCACGAUCUGUUUUCAUGCCAAGAGAUGUUUUUUCUUCAGUUGAUUCUCAAAGUUCAAAAGACUUAGUUGAUGGAAAACUGAGAAAAUACUGCAAUACAGUUGAAAAAUUUCAAAUUGCUUUCUUUGGCGAUAAAACACAGUGGCAUAAUAAAAUUGGUUCGAACCAUGCCGCUAUGGUUAAAUCUGGUCAGCUCAAAGGUUUUAAUAAAGUCAGCGCACAAAAUUAUAACCACAAGCGUAGCAUUGCGGAUUUAGAUGACAUAUCAAGUAGUGAUGCAACAGAAGUAAGUCACAUUUGGAGUAUAAAUUUACUAAUAAACGAUGUAACUACGUCGAUUAUUGGGGAAACAUCUGAACUAAGUGAGAUUUUGUCUACUAAAGCGGUUUCGAAAGUUUCUAAUUUAUCCAUUAAAUUAUUCCCAGAUUCAGAACCCUUUAGUAGCAAUGAAAGUGAUUCCAAGAUAAUUUUACAGAUAAAUCAUUCAAGAGGAACAUCAGUGAUGUCACUUAUGACCAUUUUUUUGGCCGUCUCAGGGAUACACACUCUAAACCAAAUAUUUGGACACUGUAUUCAUCAAAAGAUGCGACAGUCUAGAACCAAACAGUAUUUUAUUGCACUGUCGGAAUCGAAAAGAAAAUCGUGUCUGAAAAGUAUAAAGUGGGGCCAACUAAAAGAGUUAGUCGAAGUAAAUUUUUCUUCGGAAUAUAUGAGUCAGAUAAUUGUACUGCCUAACGGCCUGAGAACUAAGUUCGAACCGACUUCGACAUUUAUUAAUAUGAAAAAUUUUAAUGUAAUUUCAAUAACCGGUCAGUACUUCAGAAUGAUGGUUGAGUCUCCAACACAGCCAAAUUUUUGGGAGAGAAUGGCCUGUAUUGAUAGGUUCAAAGUGAUGGUUAACAUUGAUUCAUUAAAAAAACAAACGGAAAACCUACACUCUAUAAAACAUUGGGAAGAAUCACAACCGGCCGUGACCUUAGAGAAUGAGUCAUGGCACUUUUCCAUACCGCAUCACUUCGAAAUGUUUAAAAUAAUAGACAGUAUUCCAACCUUAUAUAAAAGCGUUAAACAAAUGUUACAUUCGCUGCGAACCUCAAAGAGUGAUUUGAUAAUUUUUCCUCAUAAGGUGGAGACUCCUUUAUCGCUGCCAAAGAUUAAACUGAAAUCUAAAAGGUGGUUAUUUAGUAUUUCUGAUGACCCACUAGAGGCAGAAUUGAAUACUAUUUUUCAGAUCGCUCUACAAGAACAACGAGAGAGAAUAGCCAAGAUACAAGAAUUUAAUGAACACGUUUCUGACAGCUUGAUCAAAGGUCAAAAAAAUGUUAAAGAAGUGAAAGAUGAUUUUGAGACCAUUGAUAAUGUGAUAUUAAAGCACCGUACAGGAUUGUGGGCAAAUAAUGGAAAAAAAAAUUUACGUAAAUCUGCUACGGAUUCCGAAAUUCCUCUUACUGCGACACCUUUCAAUAUUGAUAAAAAAGGUAACUUCCAGUCUCAACUACCCCAGUUUAUUUCUCCUGAGAUCGAGAACGCUUACAACACAUUACUAGAGAAUUUCUCUGACUCAUGGAUCAGAAGGGUGAAGGAAUAUAAAGUUAAAGAACGUCGUGAGUUUGAGAAAAACUUUUCUUUCCUAUGGGGAUUCAUUGACUAUAAUAAACUACCAAAAGACAUCAACAAAAAAGUUCUGCCUUUCUCAACAAAUCCUUUCUUGAUGAAUCUCAUUAUUGAGAAUAUUGAUAUCGAUAUGGUAAAACCUUUCUGUGGUAUAAAGAAUAUCCCAAGCUUUAUCCAUGAUGUUGGAAAAGGCGUUCCGAAAAAUACUGAAUAUUCAAUUAUGAUACCGAUGCAUUUGGACGCUAAAUUCAGUGAAGUAAGAUGGCAUUUGAGAGAUUAUCCCCUUCCUUUUGUUUGCAUACCUCCACUAAGCUCUACACAAAGUAAGGAAACAAUUGCUACAAGAAUUUAUGGUGAUCUUAUGAUUACGGAGGAUAUGCUCCAAUCCGAAAAGGAGCUGAGAACUCUAUUUGUACCUUUGAUUCCGUCAGUAACUGUUGAAAACACAGAUAAAUAUUACUCCUUAUUUGUACCAAGAACCAUGACUAGCGCCAAAAUAUUUACAGACCUAAAUUUUGAAAUAAACUCUAAACAUACAACACGAGUAACUUGGGGUGGUUCUUAUCAACCAGCUAUUCAACAAACCAUGCAGUGUUUAGAUAAUUUUUCCAAACCGCCUUUAGAUCCUUCUAUUAAAUUAGGAUUUUGGGAUAAAACAAGAUACCUUUUCCACGGAAAGAUCAACAUAGUUUGGAAAGAGAAGGGAAAAUUUGAAAUUUCCCUGAAAGGCGCAAAAAGUCCAUACAUGCUUGGUGGUGAGUCAGCUGGGUUCAUAGUUGGAUUUGAUGGUGAUGUUAAUUUGAGAUGUAACGAGGGCAAUGACCCAAAAAGAUUCUUAUCUUGUAGUGCAGACAAGAUACACUUCAGCAUUCCCAAUUAUUUCGCAAAACCACUGCUUGUAUGGUCUAGACCUAGCACUAGUACAAUGUUUAUCCCAAACCAAGAUGAUACCAACUUGCAAAGGUAUGCUUCAUUUUACUAUUUAUUAAACACUACAUCGAGUAAAAACGAAAAGGCAGACAAGGAAACAAUGAGAAAAUCGUUCAUUGAGAAAACAGGAAUUAAACUAUCUGGGGGAAUGACACUGGAUAUGGGUAUCCUUUUUGAAAGGUUAGGGCCUAGUUUAAAUGAAAGAACCUUUGAGUCGAAAAAACAUUAUUUGACUCGUCUAUGCAAUCCAAUAUAUGUCCAAGACCGCUCAAAGCAUGAUUCAUAUACCGGCUUUCGAAGUGACUUUAUUCAUAUGUCUUUCGGACUAUCAUCUAAUUCGAACUCUGCAUAUAAUGCCAUGCAACUAAGUCCCAAUGGAUUCAAAGCAUUCUUUAUCUGGUGGAAAUCUUUUUCAGGGAACUUUCCCGUUAGGAGAGGGCCCUUAUUUGGUCUUCAGAGUAUCAGCCCUAAAUUCGGUGAACAUCUAUAUACCAUCUCUUAUCAUGCUGAUGUCUCACCAUUAUUCAUUAACUAUAUGUACCAUAAUGCUGAUGCCAACCAAAUUUUGCGCAAGAACUACCUAGAAACUGCAGAGUUCGUCGGUUUAAAGGCUAAAUCCUCUCAUUUUGUUAUGGAUCUGCACCAAAGGAAGGAAGUCUUGACGGAAUAUCAAGCCGGUUUGAAUGUUAGAAGGAGAGUUAUGAAAUUGAAGUUCUUAGCUGGCGAUGUUGUCUGCCAAGAUGUAGAUAUUCGGACUGUGAGUGGGGAGUUCAGGAAAUUAAACUAUGUUGAAGAGAGAGAAGAUUCCGAAUAUGAUAUUUUUGAUAAUGAUAUGUCGUGGCUUGAUAUAACAGAUUUUCAGGAUGCGUUUUUCAUCAACCCUGAGAAUUAUCUUCCAAAGAUCAAGAUUAUGCCGUUUGCUUUCUCUCCUCAGUUCGCCUAUCAAAAGAGAGCUAGUUAUGGCGACAAGUAUCAGGUAGAUCCUAAAACUUGCAAGCCAAUAAUGCCAUUUGAUAAUCGUGUGUCCCAUGAAUGUACACUAGGUCAUAAUGUUUCUCUACGUACUGACUUGGUUGAGAAACGAGUUACGGUUUUGAAGAAGUUUCGAGAACGACUGAAGGAAGAUAUAGAAAAAAGUGGAACGACGGAUUUUUCAGAAGAGAGUCUAAAAGAGUUACUCUCAAAAGCAAACUUCAGUGUAAAGAACACAGAAUUACUACUUGAGGAUUUUCAGAAAAUAUUUGAGCAACACGAAACCGAACAAACGGAGCACCCUUUCCAUUUCGAUUCUUUAAAUCUUUUGAAAAGCACCAAAAGGACCAUGAAACAAUUUGAAAAUAGGUUUUUCAUUUUUAACGUACUGUUAAAAUGGAAUGAGGAUGCAAGAAGUGCCAUUUUCAAAUUUCUCUACUAUGCCAAUCUGUCCAACGAAUUUGCGUCCCUAGCAAGCGGUAAGGGUCUAAGAGAAUUCGAGGAUGCAAUAAAACAAAGAGAAAUGACUGAGGAUACAACGAGCUUAGAAGCAAUACCAGAAGGAGGGGGUAAAAAAAACAUUGGUAAACAAUUUAGUAGUUGCGAUGACACAGAGUUCUCCACUGAAAAUCUUUUGAAGAUCUUUGAAAAGAACAUAACACAAUUAUCUUGUGAAAUCGAACACAAGAUACAUCACGAGUUUUUUGUUCAGUUUAUAACUCCACAGAUUCAGCUGACAUCUCUUGAAAACCCUGAAGUUUGUGUCUUAGUUUCUUCGCCCUUUCUCAUGUUGAAGACAUUAGAGUUCGAUGCAAAUACAACUAGUAACACGUACAUGAAAGAUAUAUUUUUGAGAAGAUAUGGUAUUUUAUUUGAAAAUGCUAACGCUUUUCUAUUUAACAAGAAGGAUUACAAAGAGUUCUUUGAACUCUACUUUGGCUCCAGCUCUUAUGGCCAACAUAAAGGAGAGCAGUGGCCACCAUGGCUGGGUUUAGAAUUAGGAUUUGAGCCUUCUGCUUUAGCAAAGAAAGCAGUGGUUAAAAAUAUUUCUGUUCUAUUGCAUCAUCAGAAGUUGUCACAAUUUUCUGCAAGGUAUGACUCUUUAAAAGAUAAAAUAGAAGACAAUAUAUGUGGAUACGUUCCUCAAAUUAAUGUAGAACUUAAUUCCCAAGAGUAUCUAACUUUUACAAAGAUGGUCCUUAAAUUGUUUCUGUAUGUUGAACCCGAAGAUGAAGAACUGAAAAAGUAUAUUGAAAAGCUGAUAAUUGGUUAUGACAUCUAUGACACGGCUCAAACUAAGAAGUUAAUACGUGAUUUGCACAACAGCGAACAAAUACUGGCUGUGGUUGAAAAGGAGCUCUUAUUUAAAAGAGGUUUACUAGACGAAGUCAGCAAGCUUGACUUAUCAAAUAUUCACAACGAACGGAUGCAUCAAUUGUUAAGGUUAUAUAUUCUAAUGAAAAUCUUUACUUCAAAUGGGAACAAUUACAUCAAUCGAACACUAGUGUGGAGUAUCAAAGUUAAUGAAACUAUCUUACAUUUACUAGAGGAGAAUGACAAACCAUUUUUGGACAUUGCCGUUGCAAAGUUAAACUUUAACAGGGUACAAUAUGCAAUGGGACUAAGAAAGAACAUUGUAACUGUUAAAAUGAUGCAAAUGUUCGAUUUGGGGAAGAAUAUUAACUACCAUUGUUUAUUGGGGCCUUUGAUACCCAGUGGAAGUAAUACAGUUAAUAUGGUAAGUGAAGAUCCAUUGGUGCAAAUAAGUUGGGAUGUUGAUAAACCUGUAGGUGGUAUCAAAGUUAUUAAGAAUGUUGAGACUACAUUGUCGGGGUUAACGGUGAAAUUAGAAGAGGAAAGACUAAAUAGGUUAUUUGAAUGGUUGUCAUUAAAGGAGUUAAUGUAUGAUGGGAAUGGAAAUGAUGACGAUGGAGCUUCCAGUAUUUUUGAUAUGAUAUCAUCUGAAUCAGAAGAAGGAAAAUUUGAGUUUUCAGAAGAUAUAAGUCCAGAUUUUAAUGAGAUGCUGAAAAGAUCAAGUGAUUAUAUGAUCGUUGAAGAUAUGAAAUUGAACAGCUUCAAACUUUGCAUCAGCUAUAAGGGCAAAGGCAAGAUGAGGUUGGCUAAUGUGACUAACUUUGUGUUCAAUUUCCCGACUUUAAGAUUAGCCAACCAAACUUUGAGAGUUACGGAUCUGUUGCUUGCCUUGAAGAAAGUGUUGAUCAAAGUUCUGAUAAAACAUACUGGGAGGUUUAUCGGUAAUAAAUUGAAAAGAAGUUCUAAAGAGGAUAAAAUGGCCGACGAUACUGCACCACUGAAGCAACUUACAACCUAUAAUUCCUACACGGAGCCCGAAGAACUUCGUUAA